AUGGUCGAAAGCCGACAAUGCGAGGUUCUGGCCAUUGUGUGUACUUUCACAGUCGUCGCUUCUUUUACAGUCUUCCUUAGAGUAUGGUCGCGCUAUCUCGGACGCAACUUUUGCUGGGACGACUGGUUGAUUCUGGCUGCUUUUGUGCUCCUCAUAGCGGAUACCGUGGGAACAUGGAUGUACAUCAUACUGAGUGGCACUGGCUACCAUAUCUAUGAUCUGCCUAAGAAGUCAAUUGAAGAGCAGCUUGUGGCGUUGAGAUGGAACUUCACUGUACAAAUGCUGUACCAUCCACUCAUGGGAUUGAUUCGGGCUUCUAUCAUCAUGUUUCUUUUCCGCAUGAAGGACGGUCGUCGUCGCAUAAGAUACCCAUUACACGUUACUUUCUGGCUCAACAUCCUCUACUCCAUCGGAUCAACGAUAGUCAACGUCGUACAGUGCACCCCCAGAGCCUAUGCUUGGUCCAGGCCCGCCAUGGAUAGCAUUGAUGCCAACGGGAAUGUCGUACCAGGCGGUACAUGUAUCGACUCGCGGACAUUCGUAUUGGUAUCUUGUGCUCUAUCGAUUUUCAUGGAUCUCAUCAUCAUUCCCAUACCUUCCGUCAUGGUGUGGGGUCUUCAGAUGCAUCGACGCACAAAGAUUCUGGUAGUAAUUGUGAUGAGCCUGGGAUGGAUUGCAACAGGAGUGUCGGUAGGUAGGUUUAUCGUAUAUUACUACCGAUUUGCCCCUACCAACAAAGACCGUACCUGGGAUAUUGGUAUUGGAAUCAGCAUCGCCGAACCUGCCGUACACAUUAUGACAGCAUGCGCACCAGCGACUAAGUGCCUCUUCCGAUACCUUUUCCCACAGUAUGGCACGAAUCAGAACACGUCAUACUACCAAAACCGUACCGCGGAUACAAACCGACACAAUACCAAGGUAUUCGGAAAUUUCCACUUCGGGUUGUCCAACAACAUAGACGAUGAGAUCACCAUGGAGGGGAUGGGAGGUGCACCGAGGACUGCUCCACUUCCGCCAGUGAAGGACGACUCUGAAUAUGGGCUGAAAGCUAUGGGAAGCUUUGAGUCAAAAGACACGACAGCACGUGCAGCCACCAUGAGGAUUAUAGAACUUGUAAUCGAUGGCUACAAGUCAUACGCUGUCCGAACAGUCAUCUCUGGCUGGGACGAGAGCUUCAAUUCAAUCACGGGUCUCAACGGAUCUGGAAAGUCGAACAUUCUCGAUUCGAUAUGUUUCGUACUGGGAAUCAACAACUUGAGCGUGGUGCGGGCGCAGAACUUACAGGACCUCAUCUACAAGCGCGGCCAAGCAGGCGUUACAAAAGCGAGCGUUACCAUCGUGUUCGAUAACCGCGAUAAAUCGAAGAGCCCCGUUGGCUUCGAGGAACAUGCGCAGAUAUCGGUGACAAGGCAGAUCGUGCUGGGCGGCGCGAGCAAAUACCUCAUCAACGGACACCGCGCGCAGCAACAAAGUAUACAGAACCUGUUUCAGUCUGUGCAGCUCAACAUCAACAACCCCAACUUCAUGAUCGCACAGGGAAAGGUUAUGCAGGUGCUGAACAUGAAGGCCAAGGAGAUUUUGGCUAUGCUUGAGGAGGCUGCUGGAACGCGCAUGUUCGAAGACAGGCGGGACAAGGCCUACAAGACCAUGGCAAAGAAGGAGAUGAAGGUGCAAGAGAUCACCGAGCUACUACGAGACGAAAUCGACCCCAAGCUCGAGAAACUACGAAUGGAGAAGCGUGCUUUCCUUGAUUUCCAACAGACGCAGAGCGAGCUCGAACGUCUCACGAAGCUGGUAGUCGCGUAUGAUUAUAUACGAUACAACGAGCGGUUACAACAGUCUGCCGAAGACCUCGAGACCAAGAAGCAAAGGGCGAAGGACCUCGACGAAUCUUCUGUGCGCAUGAAGAAGGAGAUAGAGAACCUCCAAGAGGAUAUUAAACAAACAAAGGCAACACGCGAGCAGGAGUUACGCAAGGGGGGCAAGUUCCAGGCACUGGAAGAAGAGGUCAAGACGAACUCGCACGAGAUCGUUCGCCUGACGACGGUUCUGGACCUAAAGAGGACGAGCAUGGCCGAGGAGGCAGACAGGAAGGAAGGCAUUGAGAAGAGUGUCAAGGAACUGGAGAAGCUUCUACAUGAGAAGAAGCAGACGUACGAGAAGUUGCAGGAGAAGUACCAGACAGCCCACGCCGAGCUGGCCAAGCAAACAGAGGAAGUGGAGAAGAAAGAAGAACUUCUACAAACCCUACAAACCGGUGUGGCGUCCAAGGAAGGUCAAGAAGGCGGCUAUCAGGGCCAACUGCAAGAUGCCAGAAACCGAGCGAGCGCAGCUGCCACCGAGCAAGAGCAAAGCAAGCUCAGAAUAUCGCAUCUCGAAAAGCAGAUCAAGGAGGAUGAGCCCAAAGCGAAGAAGGCAAAAGAACAAAAUUCUGGACUUCUCAAAGACCUCGAGGCAUUAAAAUCCCAAGCCAAGAAGCUAGAGGCGGAUCUGGCGAAGUUAGGCUACAACGAAGGUCAAGAGGCGGACAUGUACCAACAAGAAUCGCAUCUUCAAGCACGUAUACGGGAACUCCGACAGCAAGCCGACGGCAUGAGGCGACAAGUUGCAAACAUCGACUUCAGCUACAGCGACCCCUCCCCGAACUUUGACCGAUCUCGUGUAAAGGGUCUUGUCGCCCAACUCUUCACCCUCGAGAAGGAACACACCAGGGCAGGUACAGCUUUGGAAAUUUGUGCUGGUGGCCGGCUGUACAACGUCGUUGUCGACUCGGCUGCUACUGGUAAGCAGCUUCUCGAGAACGGCCGGCUGAAGAAGCGCGUGACAAUCAUUCCGCUCAACAAGAUCGCGGCAUUUAAAGCGUCGGCGGAGAAGAUUGGAGCAGCUCAAAAGAUUGCACCAGGCAAAGUUGAUCUGGCUUUGUCGCUGAUUGGAUACGAGCACGAGGUCAACGCCGCCAUGGAGUACGUUUUCGGAUCAACACUUGUUUGUGAGGACGCCGAGACCGCUAAGCGGGUGACUUUUGAUCCCGCAGUGCGCAUGAAGAGUGUCACUCUACAAGGAGAUACUUAUGACCCUGCUGGUGUGUUGUCUGGUGGUAGCGCGCCUCAAUCUAGUGGAGUUCUCAUCACUCUUCAAAAGCUUAACGAAAUUACGACAGAGCUUGGUUCGCAAGAGUCCCAGCUCCGGUCUUUGCAGGAUACUAUGGCUAAGGAGAAGAAAAAGUUGGAUGCCGCACGCAAGUCGAAGCAGGAGCUCGACCUGAAAAGGCAUGAGAUCAAGCUCACCGAGGAGCAGAUUGGCAGCAACUCCUCGUCAUCGAUCAUCCAAGCGGUAGAAGAAAUGAAGCAGACCAUCGCUCAGCUCAAGGAAGACAUCAAGGCGGCGAAAUCUCGACAAGAGGAAGCUAACAAGGACGUGAAGCGCAUCGAGCGCGACAUGAGCGAGUUCAGCAAUAACAAGGACAGCAAACUCGCCGAACUGCAGUCAUCACUUGACAAGCUCAAAAAGUCUUUGAACAAAAAUAGCGCUUCCAUCAAGCCACUGCAGACCGAGAUGCGCGAAGCCAUGGUCGAAUCUGAGCAAUGCGGUAGCGACCUUGCGGCAGCACAAGAGCAGCUGGAGGAGGUUCAGACCACCCUGCAAUCUCAACAAGCAGAGAUGGACGAGUUGUUGGCUGAACAAUCUCGUGUCCAGGACGCACACGACUUAGCUGCAGCCCAUCUGAGGGACGAACAAGCGAAAUUGACUGGCUUCGAUGAAGAGCUUCGUUCGCUCGAAGACGCCAUCAGAUCAAAGAACUCAUCCAUCACUGAGGGUGGCCUGGAACAACAGAAGCUCGGUCACGAGAUCGAGAGGUUCCACAAAGAACAAGAAGGUGCUGCUAGUCAUGUCAAGGCGCUUGAAAAGGAAUACGAAUUCAUCGCAAAUGAUGCGGAGCUCUUUGGACGUACCGGAACAGUUUAUGACUUCAAGGGCGUGAACAUGAACGACGCAAAGAUCAGGCGAAAGUCGUUGGAAGAACACUUCCAGCAGAAGAAGAACAAAAUUAACCCGAAGGUCAUGGCUAUGAUUGACAAUGUCGAGAAGAAAGAGGCGAGUCUCAAGAAGAAUAUGCAGACGGUCAUCCGCGAUAAAUCCAAGAUCGAGGAGACUAUCGUCAAGCUUGACGAGUAUAAGAAAGAGGCGCUCCACAAGACAUGGACGAUUGUCAACCGCGAUUUCGGCCAAAUCUUCAACGAACUGCUACCAGGCAGUUUCGCAAAGCUGGAUCCUCCCGAGGGCAAGACAAUUUCUGAUGGUCUGGAAGUCAAAGUUAUGCUGGGAAAGGUGUGGAAGCAGUCACUAACAGAGCUAAGUGGUGGUCAAAGGUCACUUAUCGCACUAUCUCUUAUCAUGGCUCUUCUCCAGUUCAAGCCUGCGCCGAUGUACAUUCUGGACGAAGUUGAUGCUGCGCUGGACCUGUCCCACACACAAAAUAUCGGUCGUCUGUUCAAAACUCGCUUCAAGGGAUCGCAAUUCAUCGUCGUCAGUUUGAAGGACGGCAUGUUCCAGAAUGCAAACCGUAUAUUCCGUACACGGUUUGUCGACGGCACAAGUGUGCUGAAUGCUCUACCGAUCGGGCACGCUUGCGUCCCGUCUGCACUAGCGGCAUCUACCGCAGGCCCACCCAUGCUGUCGGCGCCAUUGAUUAGGGCCCUUGCAAGCGAUACCUCCGCGCAUUCCUCCAUCAACACUCCGGAAGUAUCAGGGCUAUUCGCAUCCUCUGCUCACGAUCUCGACAGCGUCUUGGGCCCGAGUUCGCCGACUUCUCUCACCAGACACUACACUUCAGUCCAAGAGCAUGCCGACCAGAUUACUGGCACAGAAACGGCAGGGGAAGAUGAAGGACUCACUCCAAGACAAGUGACCAGACGGGAGGGGUUUGCUUGGGGCCAACAACCAAGCCUCGAAGAUGAGAGGAGGCAUAGUCGUUACCAGAUGCCGAUGGAACAAGAACGACAAAGUUCACCUCCACCACUAGACGAAAUCAUUCGCAGAACGACCAUCGACGAUGCAGAUGAUCUUCAAAACAUUAAGCUUCGUCAUAUGGAUAGCAUAGAGUCACACGCUUCUGGGAUUACCUGUCCAGCCGCUUCCAUUUCUACGUCUGUGGAAACUAGUGAUUCUUAUGUUCGCGAUAACAGAAGAUCUUCCAUAGCGGCUUUCGCCAAAGGCAUCGUACAGCAUGUGCCCAACUUGAGAAUGCCACGUCCUCAAGAAAGCAAAGAAGACCAGCAGCGACGAGACUCCGGUGAUGGAGCUUCCAUGAAGCUGCACAAGAAAGAUCGUGUGCUAUCCUUCGCACCACUUCCGCUUGUCAAGUCGAAAGAGUCAUAUGAGAAAGGCUCAAAGCCAUCCGUUGUAAUCGAGGAGCCAUCGACGUCUGUGGAUACUCCCCCAACAGCAGUGAAUAAUGCGACUACACCGCCAACCCCUCACUCGACGUCGAAAGGCGGACUCCGAGACCGCAGGAAGGUCAACCUCGAUCUCUCCAUGCCAGCACAAAUGCUAGAUCUACCCGCUCGCGGUCGCUUACCUGUCGAUAUGAUGGGCAGCCUUGGUGCUCCACGCUCGAGAAAUCCCAAAACGCCAUGGGUCCGGAAAGAGCAGCCACAGUGGGAACCAGCCAUGAUGACCAAGUCUGCGCCAAUUUUCGAGGAGGAUUACAUUCGCGACAACACCUCAGCGCCGAGGAACGACAACUAUGGUGGCAUAGGUCUUUCACCUGAUACCAACACGCUCUUCUCUUCGCAAAGCCCAAAAUUCGAACGACCGCCGGCGAGAGUGAGGGAUCGGUGUUACAUCAGCCUUCCAAAGUCCAAGAGAACGAGAAGUGGCAUAAGUGACAAGAGUGGCACUAGUGCAAGCGAUUCAACUCUAGCUCGGACACCGGACAGUAGUUGGACCCCAGCAGAAGAGAGAAUUUAUCAAGAACACCAAACUCAAACGAGAUCAGAGCUGCGAAAAAUUGCUAGUGAGUCCAAGACAAGUCGCUCACGGCGCUGGUAUUGGUUGGGUAAAGCCUCUAGUGAGGAUGCUCCUUGUUCUCCUAGACCUGUAGAGCCUCCAAGUCGUCGCUUCUCAAUGAACCCAUUCAGACGGUCAAACAGAAUCUCGGACCAGACGGAUGCAGAAGUGAGCAAACUGCAAGCCCCAUCUUCGGUCCACCCUAGUCGCGGCAAAAAUGUGCCUCCAUCAACGUCCCUCGCACAUAUACCUGUCCCACCUGCUUUCAUCCCACCGGGCGUUCAGCGUGUACCGACUCCGCCCAUUUUCGACGCCAAUGGUGAAGUGAAGGGCAAGUUGGCAAACUUCUUCUUCGAUGCACAAGGUGGCGGCGCUAUGAAUGUUCGCACCAAAAUCAAACCUAGUCCGGGAGGCUACUGGGACUCUGAUGCUUUGCUCAUGAGCCUGUCAAGCGACAUCGACAACCACGAAGACAAUGAUGAAGACGAAGGCCCUGAAGGCCCACGUAGCGAUUUCGUGCACACAUCUGUAGAUUUUGAACCAAAUGGCACACCUGGACUUACAGCCAUUGUGAGCAAUGUCCAAGGAAAUAGCUCCAGUUACCUCAGCGUCAAACCACCAGCCAGCCCUUCUCUAGCAGCAACGUCUCCGAUGCUGGGCCAUGAUGGCUGGUAUCGUAUUCACCAGUCACACUUCCCUGAUACACCAGACGAACGCACUCUCACAGCGCUUGCCCGACAAGAAGAAGAAGAACGCCGUAAGUUUGAAUGGCUCGUCCCUGAACAUCUUCCCGAUAGCCCUUUGUGCCCUCUGCAUGCAAAGUAUAGGGGGCCGAGUGCCGGCUUGUGUUACUGGCAUGGACGCAGGUCCGGUAAUAAGAUUAGGAAAGGUGAGUAUGGCAGGACUGGAGUGAAAGGUGCCAAGAAGAGUAUAAGUGGGGAUGGUGGACAUAGCAAGGAUGACUAUCAUGCUGGAGAUGUAGGGGUUGUCGGGACGCCGGGACUUGCGGGAACGCCGACUAGGGAGGUGAAAAAGAGGAGAUUGAUAAGUUUGUCCAGUUCUUGA